ACCAAUUAAUCCCUCCCGUAGCCUCGCGUCCUUGAGGCUCUCUCGGUCGUAGUCCUCGACAUCAGCUCGCAGAUAUCCCAUCCCAGUCUUCUCGUCGAUCCGCCUCUUGCCCUCUCGGUCUUUCUUGCAGAGUUAUUCUUGUCCACUUCUCUGCAGGCAAGAGUGACUUGAAGUACACCAGCACGAUCCUUCCGAUUCCAUAUUCGCGCCAGUCGUACUGCUCCGUACCGGUUUACGAGCCGAAAAUUCUCCAAGUUUCGAUUGUCAGGCUCAUUAAGCGCUACCUGCUUGUCACUAGCUAGAACUAUUGAGCUUGGCCGGCAACCGCUCUGCUGAUCCUGAUGGCUUCCCCUCAGGAACUCCAGACAUCAGCACCGCUAGACUCUCAGUCCUUCCAGCAGUUCCAGACCAAUGACGGUUCACCUGUUUUCAAUCCUAUGAUCCCCCCCUCACAUCCUGGCACUUCUCUUCCGCCAAAUCCCUCCUCACAUGUUCACGCCGCAAUGCCUCCCGUGUAUCAGUCAGAAAUUGAUCAUGGUCACGCGCUUUCCGUGUCAAUGGAGAUGUCGCUAUCCAUGAUUCCCCUGCAGGCCUCGGACACUUCGUCCAUGGAAAUUGUAUCCGCAACGCCUGUAGAUCGCACAGUGAGCCAAACAAUCCUGCCAGACUUCACGUCGCAUGGCUCCUUCGGCGUCGACCAUCGUGUUAAUGGGCUUGACGGCCUCGAUGGUCCUCGCCAGCUAGCUUCUUCUCCUAGUGCGACUACUUCCUCCACGAACGUGUCACACACUUCUUCCCCUGCCAUGAGCGGCAUGGCCUCGACUUAUUCAUUAACAUCUUCUUCGCUUGCUUCAGCUCUCGACAGUAUGGCCGCCUCUCGAAGCCGCUCCGGCUCCUCUGCGUCGCCGCCGAAUCUCUUGAGUUCCGCGUCGGAUCUGGGGUUCUCUUCUGGCAACGGCGCAACUCCAGCGUCAGCUCACGAGGCAGGAUUCCAAUACACGCUUCCGUUCGAUGAACCCUCGUCUGCAAAGGAGAAUUCGCCCGAGCAGUCUGGAAGCAGUACAUUACUCGUUUUAUCUGACAUGCUGAAGAACAUUGCACGUACAGCCAAUUCCGGAAGUGAAGCGUGCAACAUGGGGUCCACGACGGAUGCACAACAGAUUGUCCAGGCCCUCAAGCAGAACGUCAUGGCAGUAGUCGACCUCGUUGCCGCUAUGCAGUUGGCAGAUGUUUCAGAUGCAUCCACGUUGGCCGGCCUGGACAUGGCAAUACCACAGCAUAUAAAUGGACUAUCAACAUAUUCCUCAUCUACCAGUACUUUGGACUCCAAUGCAAUGUUGGAUGCUUCCGACACGUCCCGCAAACGAUGUGCUUCCUCUGUUGCCGGCGACAGGAUGCUCAAAGCCAUGAAGCUUGAGCCUCAGGAUGACGCUCCCUCGCUACAGAUAUCCUCAUCUACGGGGAUGCAUAUCUCAGAUCCUGCUAUGGCAUCGCCCGCAUUCUCUUUUGCGUCUUCAAUGCCCUCGAUUCCCACAUCCGUGCAAACUAUCAGUGACAUGCCGUCAAUAUCUGCUCCAGUACAGCCUGCAGGAGCAAAUUCUCGACCACCCAGUUCAGCUGAGAUGGCAAAUCAUCCUCCGUUGGGACCCAUUCCAGGUGCUGAACAUCAAUCUCACCCGUUGCAUACAGUUGUACAAUAUCCAUCAUUGGAGCAUGUCCAUCAGGUUAUGCAAGCGUCCGCGGAAUUUGUUCCUCCGGCUCCCCCCGUCUCAUCGAGUGGUUUGCCAUCUACUACCUUCAACCCCUCUUUGCCGCAAAACAUGUGGGGGGACAAUGCGGUACCAGUUCCAGUACAAUUACAGGCUGCCCAUCACCAUCAACACACCCUCUCCAGCAAUCCAAUGUUGGUGAGGAUCCCAGACGCGGGUGUACCUAUCGCGGGGCCAUCGACCUUGCAAUUCCCUCCUCAGCCCGUAUACGGUUCCCCUACGCGAGCCACCCAUAUGGCCCAGCCGUCGAUCCCAGUGCCUUUAACGUCCUCGGCCAUCCAUCCUGCUCCCCAUCACUCUGUUCGUUCGUCCAGAUCAUCCUCCUUUGCGCAUGCACAGGGCGAGCCACAUCCCGCUCUAAAUUCGUUCGAUAUGUUGCCGUCCCAUCCUACGUUGUCGGGACUGCAUAGUUCUCGUGCCUCAACACCAGAUUAUGAUGAUGACAUGGAUACGGGCCAUGAUUCAGAUGAGAACGAUUAUUAUGGUGAUGUGCUGCAAUCCUGGAAUGGGGUGGCCGGCGGGUCGGAGAUCAAGCCUAAUGGCGAUGCCGUCUCGGCCGCAGGACCGCAUAAUCACGUCGGCCAGCGGAGGAUGAGCCACGGGUCGCCUUCUGCCGAGGGUGGAUCGACAUCUUCGGGACACGGUAACGAAGUCCCGCAAGAGUAUCGAGCCGAGGUGGAGCGAAUCUUCUUCGAGUUUCUCAACAACAUCUGCUCCAAUCUCGAUGCUACAGAUGCGAAGGGGGAGCCUAUUCAUCAGACGCUCAUGGCUAAGAAAAUGCAGCGGCUGGACGAGUCACCGGACUUCCGUCCGUUCAAGUUCCGUAUACAGGCCUUCACGAACGCCUUCCUUGAGGAGCUUGCGAGGCAGGGUUACCCUGAAGAGAAGAUACCCAUGAAAAAGAUUCGUAACUUCCUGUGGAAUCAGCCGUAUAUCUCCCGCUUCAACGAAGACGGCAAGAAGUCAAAAUCAAAAGGCAAUCACAUCUGGCAUGUAGAUGCCAAGAAAACCGAGGGCGGUUGGAUGUUCCGCCCAUUCAAGCGGAGGCUAGCUGGCACGCCCCCAGGAGUGGCCUAUGUUGGACUUCGCUGGUCGUGGCAGCCGCGUAUCUGGGAUCCGCAAGCCUCCCGAGCCAACAUGCCUGUGCAGUAUAGCUCUCCUUCCCUUCCAUCUUGGCUAUCAUGGAAGGACGAAGUCCUAUCUGGCAUACCGACCCCUGAUGCUCAGAGCUGUGACGUUACGGUUGAGGCCAGGUUCAUACAAGAUGGCAAGGAGGAGCUUCUCACACAUACAGUUCAUGUGACUAUAGCUCCUAUGGCAUCUGUUGAUGCCUCCUUUACUCCUUCGCGACGACCAUCGCUGGUUGGCGAUGUGCAUAACCCUCGUCGGGUGAUGAGCGAUUCAGUAGUGGCGCAGACAGCACAGCCUCGUAUCCUCCGUGCGCAGUCUACACUGGCGCCUGCUCAGCCUCUGGUGGCACCGGAUUCGCAGGUUGUGCAAGUGCUCACUACUGCUGCUCAACGAGUUGCACAAGAAGCCCAAUCACAAGUAGUUGCAUCUCCCAACGACGUUGGUCCUGAAUUACAAGCCUUGGCCAAACAACAACACGUACUCACGGUCACCGCCCAGGCUUUCAGUUCUAAAAUUGCUGCGGAGAGCCUUGAUGGUGCUGGGUCACAGUCGAAUGCUCUCACUGCUGCUGCUCAGCAGGUCGUAUUGCAAGCAGCGCGUCAGGUGGCAGCAGAUCGCACUGUCGUGGCCAUGUCAUCAGGCAUUUCCCCCUCACAGAGCCCUGCCGCACAAGUCACGGUGAAGGAUGUCUCUGUCGCAACCCAGUCAGCAGUUGCACAAGCUGUCGACAUGGUGGGGCCACUUUCCAGCGAGGUCGACGUCUUGAUGACUGCGAGCUCGCUCCUUCAACAGCAGACGCGUGCUCCGCUGCCUCCUGCCUCAAUCAUGGACUCGCAACUAGCAUCUGCCGAUGUGCUCCAUGCGACUGGUGCAACGCCUCCCGGUUCAUUCAAGAUCGCUAGCGCAGUUGCAUCCGCACCUAGUUCAAUCUACUUCCCAUAGUCGUGAUUUCUGCUGUUCUCUGUUCGGGGUUUGUUUGGCCACGUACUUUAUCAUAUGUGACAUAUUCUGGGAUGAAUUAGACCGUUCACUCGCUCAAUGUAUACUCAUAUCGUCGCGUCAGCUUGCCCAUGGCCCGUUGCAAUCAUGUAGAAAUUAGUGGCUGUCCUCAUCGUUCGAACUUUGUACGUAUUUCACUGUAUGUCAACAGAACCUCUUUCCAGCUCAAGCAUGUAUUUUGGCUGCGAGAAAGUCAUUCACUGUAUCCUG